UUUUUCGGUCUGUAAUUCAUUUUCUGUAAACCUCAGUACCACAAAAUUGGUUUGCUUUGCGCCAAAACAAUCCGGGGUAUAUUAUUUUCUGACGGCAGAAUAUUACAGGCGUUCUCAUAGUGGCACCAAGGAGAAGUCAUAGAGCUGCAAAGUUGGCAGCAUUGAAAUUGAGCACCUUUACAAACUCUUAGCGUUUCGAACUCGUCACUCCACUGAGCUAGUCAGAUGAACUCAAGCAGGGGAUGCAGGGAAAAGUCAUAUAGCUCCCACAAGCGAGAAGAAUUUGGAAGCAGAGGCAAUCAAGGGGCCUCUCAUCAUGGUGGGGGUCACGGUAACCAAAAUUAUACAGGCAAUUCAAGACCUACAAACGCAGAUCGUAUUCACUGGGCCUUUCUGUCUUGCAUUGGAAAAAAAGUGGUCGUUCAACUCAAGGAUGGCCAGUGCUGGGAAGGGAUUUUUCAUGUUAGCAACAUUAUCAGUUCAACUGCAGAGCCUUCUGUUAUGAGUAGUUACAACAAAAGAUAUGGCAUCGUUUUGAAAAUGGCACACAAAUUGCCCAAGGGAGAUAAACCCGAGACUCAGCAACCAUGCCCCGUUCUCGCAAUUGCCGAUAACGAGUUCGAAUCAAUGAGAGUUGUGAUGACCGACGCUUCUUGGGGCCCAUCAGGCAACACUUUUUUGACUGACUCUGAAAUUACAAAAUCCAACGUCUACCCGGAAAACCGAAAAUUGCAAUCCUGUGAAUGUCUUUUAGAUAAAGAUGACAGUAUUGUUGGCACACUUGAGGAGAUAUCUGAGGCCAACAGUGAUAGCAAACCAUUUGAUCAGUUUGAAGUCAAUAGGCGCAAGUUUGGCGUUUUGUCUACAUUUAACGAAUCCAUUUAUGCUGCUCCACUUGACAAAGAGAGCGAAUUUUACAAGGCCAAUGAGGCUAGUGCAGAAAAAGUAGCUCGUGAAAUUGAGUCUGCCAGUACUAAGAAUGCACACGUAGCAGAGGAGAGAGGUCAGAAAGUCGAGGAAGAUUGUGAGGAGAAAUAUUCAUCGAGUCAGCCUCAGCAUUUUAAGUCUCGAAAUGCGAACAAUUCAGCCACUUAUGACAACACAAAAAUUACCUCUAAUCGCAAUUCUGCACAUUCAAACACCUUCAAUCGCUACAACACCACCAAUUCUCUUUAUUCUAAUACCAAGCAAUCCGUUGAGUCAGCAAAGCGUCCCUCUGACCAGACGCAGCAGGCUACGUCUGACGUCUCUUGGAAAAAGGAGUCGAGCGAGAAACCGAAGUCCUCGCACGAUUUUAAUCAUCGAAAUUAUGACAAAUCGAAACCACAUUCCAGUUCGAAUCCAUCAAGACAGGCAUAUACCCUCAACAAUCCAGGAGAAUCUGCUAAUGGUGCUAAGAGUACCAGCAACAGCGGUGAAAAUAAGAAUACCUCGAAUGACAGCAAUGCAAGUGGUAGUAACACAUCUCACAACACUGGCUCAAACGCUUCUGCCGAUAGUAAAAGACCAAAUGUGCAAAAUACGAAAAAGAAGCUGAACCCUAAUGCAGCGGAGUUUAGAUAUGGUGCAGGGGUAUUAGGACUUAUUGAUACUGCCAAUCAAAAUUGCCUAAGCGAAAUGCAAGCUUUAUCUAUGCAGCCGUACUUUGCCCAAUCUCAGGCCUUUAACUCCUCUCAUGCUGCUAUGCCAUGGAUACAAUCCAGAUCCGCUUCAAUACCUUCUUUGCCUCAACCCGCUCACGCGUACGCCAACAUAAUCGUCCCUACCUCGCUCGAGAAAGCUGUGACUGAAUCUGUCGAUGCCCAGCCCAAAACGAGUUGGAAAGACAAACUAUCCGUAGCCAAUCUCAAACCCUUGUGUGAGAUUUACGAUCAUGCGCUUGAAAAGAUCAUGUAUUAUCAUAUGAUCAUUCAAGAGAGUUGGAAUGAACAAACUCAGCCUCUUAUUGGAAACUUUAAGCCAUUUACAGGAUAUUAUGAUUCCCAGUACCUUCAAAGUCCCUAUGUACAGUGCUAUCCUCAGGGCCCCUACUAUGACUAUUACAAGGUGGGAGGCAUGCACAGACAGUGCUAGACGUCAUAAAAAUUGUCUCAUAAGAUUCGCUGUAGCAUAUGUAUGCAUAUGGUAAAGUGCACACACACUCUUCAGAUUAGACUUCUAGAUAUAGCAUAUUCAUAUAGUAUUUGUACGACUCGACAUGAAGACGCGCGUGUCUAUCGAUUCACCACUCAACUCUACCAAUUUACCUGACACAUAUAUUCUCAUCGGCUGUGCAGUCGGCGCCCUUUCUGUCAUCCCUAUGCAUUGCUCAACU